AUGACGUCCACGGUGCCAUGGGACCGGAUUAGAACGUGCAAGGUCGCAAUACGUGGACCUCCUGAACUGAACGUCUCAUCACCAGUGAUGAAUAAACGGUUUCUUGCGCAAAGGCUACACAUAGUCCACUCACUCCAAGCUCUGUUAUUUCAACUGCAAACACUUUCAUUUAUUAUUUCUCCUUCGAUUUGGGUUUAUUUUCUUAGAGUUGUUAUCCAGGCCCACUGCUCCAGACCAAAAGAAAUAUUUUUCAAUGCACCAUUGCCAUACUUAUACUGGCUAAUGUUGGUCACAAAUGCACCAAUUUUCUGGAGUCAUUUGAGACGCGGGCCAUCUGAGGGCCGUACUAUUGUCCUGGACUUUGUUGGCAUGGAAACUGCCCCACCAGCAUAUCUUCCAUCCAAACUUCAACUAUUCUUGCUUGACUUGGUCAUAAUAUCUAUUCAGACUGUACUUCUCACCGUCGUAUUCGAAACCUCGGUCUACCGUGAUUCAUCAGACCUCGAAGCACCUGAUCUACUUUUGCCCGAGGACGUGCCAUCAUUAUCAAUCCCCCUUUUCCAGUCGCCGGCAAAUAACCGACCGUCCACCACACCCUUGACAGUUUCUCCCAAGUUGCCAUCAGAAUCUGGCACGGCUCAUGGACGUGAUUUACCGUUAAUACUAGACAUCCGGUUCAGUUUCCUCCUUAACCAGCUUAGCCAACCAAAUCUUGGGCUAUCAAUCUCGCCUCAUCCAGAUACUAAUAAGAUUGGGCUCAUCAGAAACCAGCACCCUUACGUAAUCAAUGGGCUUGGCGCCAAGAGCGGCCAAAAUCCAGCUCGAAAAAAAAAUCAAAAGUUAUGUUGA